AAGGUUAAGGGAAAAUAAAAUAAUUUUAAGCGUUGCUGCCAAUUUAAUGCGUUCGCAAAGUGUAUGGUCUUUGGAACAUUCCAGUACCUUUUGGGAAGUAGACUGCCAGAGUAAUGGGGACAAGUUUUUCAAAAAUAAUUUCCGAAUGGAAAGAUCCUGCUUUGAAAAAUUGUGCAGCAAACUUGAAAAAAUAGCCAAAAGAAAAACGAACUAUCGAAACCCGAUUUCACUAAAAAAGCGCGUGGCAAUUGCUCUGUAUGCACUAGGAUCUUCUAGUGAAUACAGAUCAAUUGGACAUUUGUUUGGAGUAGGCAAAGCAACUGUUUGCAAAAUACUCAUCGAGUUUUGCAAUGAAGUUGGGACAUCUUUGGCUCCAAUAUAUUUGAAAAAUUUUCCACUGACAAGGGCGCAAAUUGAGAAUGGAGUCGCAGAUUUUAAUGCAAUGGGCUAUCCACAAUGUAUUGGAGCAAUAGGUAGGUUUAUAAGUAAUGCGAUAAAAAUAACGUUUAAUCAAAAGCAUCUUUAUUAUACAGAUGGAUGUCAUAUUGAAAUUCAUCCAAGAAAGGAAGAAGCCAUUGAUUACUACAACUACAAAGGGUGGUAUUCCGUAGUACUAUUGGCUUUGGUAGACGCAAAAUAUAGAUUUGUUUAUAUACAUUGCGGCAGUCCUGGAAGAUGCAACGACUCCGGAAUUUUUGAAAAAUCAUCGCUAAAGCGCGAGUUGCAAAGUUGUGCACGUCUUGAUGAAUUGAGCUUGCUGUAUGGAUCCACAAAAAUACCAGUCCAUAUUAUAGGGGACUCUGCUUUUCGUCUCUCUCAGCAUUUAAUGAAGCCAUAUCCUACAAAGAGUCCAAUUGGUUUAAAUCUGAAAAACAACUUUUCACCAGAACAAUAAAAUUUGUAAUACAUAAUUUUAUAAAAUAACAUUUUAUUCAUUUUUGAU